AUGACUAGAUUGAAGUUACAUUUAAGAACUUGGGGCACAGUCUUAGAAUGGAUAUGCUUUUCGCCAAUAGAACUUCGAGAUAAAGCUUUAUCAAAAUUUUCUGAAAUUCAUCGUAAAACAACACAAAUACGUUACAUCGUUAAUAGUUUGCUUGAUGAUGACGGAGACUUGGUUUCAAUAUUGAACCAGGAAUUUUAUCAAUAUAAGGAGUCAAAUGAUAAUUGUUCAAUCUUAUCGAUGCUUACUCAAAUACGUAAAAACAUAGGUUUUAAAUAUCAUGUAGCAUUAUCUUAUUAA